AUUUGUAGCAAUCAUGGCGGUCUGUAGUCGGCCAUUGCGUUCUACACUGAACGCGCACUCGUCUCCCGCUCAAAUCUUUUGAAUUACGAACUUUGUGGUUUAGUGUUUUUUUUUUUUAACAUAAAGGAACUUUUUUUGUAAUUGAAAUGGAUUUACUUAGCAAGAUCCGCAGUCACCAGAGAACUCCCUCAGGUUCUCGUGACUUCAAAGAGGCGACCAAGCGCGAUGCCCUCACCCGGCUGGAAGUGGAACUGGAAAGACUCCUGGCUUCAGUCCACGAGACCAGAAGACCCCUCGUUGAGAAGGAGUUCAGGGGUUUCAAGAACCUGUUCAGCAGAUUUUUGGCGGAACAGGGUCCAUCAGUAACAUGGGAGAAGAUCCAGAAACUUCCAGAGGGGGCUGUCAUAGACUACUCGUCACUCACCACCCCGACCACAGACAAUGUUCACCACAUGCUGGACAAGCUGGUGGUGGUCAAACUCAAUGGUGGUCUGGGUACCUCUAUGGGUUGUAAGGGUCCUAAGUCUGUGAUACAAGUCAGAAAUGAUUUGACCUUCUUGGAUCUUACUGUACAGCAGAUUGAGCACCUAAACAAAACCUACAAAUGCAACGUGCCCCUAGUGCUAAUGAACUCGUUCAACACCGACGAGGACACGCAGAAGGUCAUCCGCAAGUACCAGGGCCUGAAGCUGGAGAUCCACACCUUCAACCAGUCCUGCCACCCGAGGGUCAAUAGGGAGUCACUGCUGCCGGUGCCCCGGCAUGCUGACGUACAGGCUGACAUUGAGUCAUGGUACCCCCCCGGUCACGGCGACUUCUACGAAUCAUUCUACAACUCAGGUCUUCUCCAGAAAUUCAUCAAAGAAGGCAGGACUUAUUGCUUCAUCAGCAACAUCGACAACUUAGGAGCCACCGUCGACCUGAACAUUUUGAACUUACUCCUUAAUCCUGACCCUGUGAAGACUGUGUCAGAAUUCGUUAUGGAAGUCACUGAUAAGACCAGGGCCGACGUUAAGGGAGGUACCUUAAUACAAUAUGAGGAUAAGUUAAGACUGUUGGAAAUUGCUCAGGUGCCAAAAGAGCAUGUUGAUGACUUCAAAUCAGUUAGCCAGUUCAAAUUCUUCAACACCAACAAUUUAUGGGCGAAAUUAGACGCUAUUCAGAGGGUGGUCGAACAAGGAUCCUUAAAUAUGGAAAUUAUUGUGAACAACAAGCAUUUAGCUGAUGGUCUCAACGUUAUACAGUUAGAGACAGCAGUCGGAGCCGCAAUGAAGUGCUUCGAAGGAGGCAUAGGAGUUAACGUGCCUAGAUCUCGAUUCUUACCUGUCAAAAAGACCUCGGAUUUAUUACUAGUGAUGUCUAACUUGUACAGUUUAUCGCACGGUUCGCUAGUGAUGUCCCCACAAAGGAUGUUCCCAUCGACACCUUUAGUGAAGUUGGGUGAUAACCACUUUGCGAAGGUUAAGGAGUUCCUGAACAGAUUUGCUACGAUACCUGAUUUGAUUGAGUUGGAUCAUUUGACGGUGUCCGGAGAUGUGACUUUCGGCAGAGGAGUGUCUUUGAAGGGAACAGUAAUAAUAAUAGCCAACCACGGAGACAGGAUCGACAUACCAUCGGGUGCCCUGCUUGAGAACAAGAUCGUCUCCGGCAACCUUCGUAUCCUCGACCAUUAAGCACCAGUAACUUAGCUAAUAUACCUCUAAUACCGGUGGAUUUCAAUAACCUUAUCCAUCCGCUGAUUUUAUGACGGAUACGUUAUUGGAAUUUACAGUAAAUUGUAAUGUCUAGAUUUGUAGAAAUGGAACUUCUUUGAACAUGGUGAAGAGUAAUUUUUGUGUUACGUUUUUGUUUGUAUAAUAACAUGACAAAGGUAUGGUUAUGCUCCGAAGUUUUGUACGUUUUUUUUUGUUACUAACAGUUGUUGUAAAUUAAAAUAAAUUUUUCGUGUAUACUAUAAAAAAAAAUAAGAAUGAGUGAAAAGUUAGAGUCUAGAAGAAUGAAGUUAAAAACUUUGUGGUUUUUAAAGAAGUUUCAUUUCAUUUGCGUCUAAAGAGGUGCGCGUUCUUUUUUAUACGUCUAUAUAUUUGUCUAUUACCUACAUGUGCAUUAAUUAAUUGCCCAUAGACUAAGUAGUUCCAUAUUCAAACAAAACUUAGAGUUAAACUUACGAAAUUGCAUAAGAAUAAAAUUGAGAAUUACGUAUCGUGAAUUUUGUUUUUCGUUUUAAUUGGUAUAAUUAUUAAAAUUGAGAUUUAAGGCGUUUGAAAACUUAUUAUGAACAUAUUUAUUAGGUCGAUUUUUAAUAUUAUUGUAAAGUUUUCUAUUUAUUCACUUUUUAUAUUUAAACUUUUGCUAUAAAGAGAAAAAAGAGAUAGUAGCACAAUUAUAUAGCAUGGAAAUAUUAUAAUAUAAUAUUAUGUAAUUGCUAAUAUUGUGUUGUACUAAGAUUUUUCUUAGUAACAAUUUAUUUAUAAACCAGAAUACGUUUUUUUACAAGAAAUAUGAUCACAAAAAAAUUUAGUAUCUUUAUUUAUAUUUAAUAAAACGUAUUUUUUUACACUUUUUAUAUUGGUUUAAAACUUUUGAUUUUUUUAUGAGCCAAGUUGCCAAUUGUUAUUUGCUUUAUUAAUUAUUUAUUGCCAAAGUGAAAAAUUUACGUAUAUUGGGUAUAUUGUUUGCUAAAAAUUGUUUUUUAGGUAUAUUACUCUUUUAUUACUUUUAUACUACUUAGGUACCAGUUAAUAUCGUAAAUAUGGUUUGAAGAAUAUGAAAAAGAAAAAAUAUUUUUCAUCAUAUUUUAGAUUAUUAUAGGUACUUAAAUAUGGCCGAUUUAUUACACUUAUUUCCAAAAUAUGCGACUUGUAUCUGUAAAAUAGAUUUUUAUAAUUACUCCUAAUAGUGAUUAAGUUCAUUACAUACAUAGAUUUCAGACAAAUAUGUAUUGUAGAAGAGAAACAUUAAUCAUAAAAUAAAAUUGUUCUUUAAAAAACGAGCAAUUUUAUUACUCUGUUAAUGAGUAUAAAGUGGCACCUUACAAAUAAAAUUUACUUUUAUCGAAUCAUAAAAAAUCCGAUUCGGUUAUAUCGAUAAAAAUAUAAGAGAAAAGAGUAAAUACUGUACUAUUAAGUAGUUAUAAUAUAAGCAAGUUAGUGCCAUUAGCUAAGUAGGUAAAACUGUUGUAAUAAAUAUUAUUAUGUUUUCAUUUCAA